AUGAAUUCUCAAAAUUCAUUACGUUCUCAACCAUGUCUAGUUGUAUCGACAUUAUUUGAACGCAUCCCAACUGACGCAACAGCAAAUGUUUUUAUUUAUCGUUUAACUCCUCUACCAAUUGUUUCUAGUGGUAAUAAAUAUAUUUAUUCAAAUCUUCCAAAAAUAAUUGGAAUAAAUCCAACGUAUCAAUCAAUAAUUACAUGGAAUAACGACGUCGAUAUUCAACAAUGUACAUUUUCGUCUAUCAUUCGAUGUGAACAAUUGCCUAUAUCAAUUAUUGAAUGA